GUCCACGCACUGGCUCUCAAACCAGACUCGGGACUGUCAGUCAGUGGAAGCUCUGUCGUCCUGCGUGUGUGACACAAACUCCACCCUGAACAGUCGCUCAGCCUCGUCCAGCAGACGUCAUCAUGCCCGAGACCGCAGAGUCGCACUCCUUCACCCUCACCACUAACCGUAACUGCACCAUCGAGAUCACUAAUGUGAGCUCCAACUUUUGCCUCGUCAACCCAAAAGUUCACAUGGAGAGCGGCUUCAGCUUCAGUCCUCCACAGCCGACCGUGCGCAUCAACAAGACCGAGGUGUGCUCCUUCACCAAGGACGACCACACGGCGUCGGGCGCCGUGGGCGUCCUCACCUACGAGCUGUUCAACAUUCACAGCCGCAGCUGCAACGAGCUGAUGGCCGUCAUGUUCUCCGUGCCCUACGACUACAACUUCUACCAGAACUGGCUGGGCGUGGGCGUGUACGAGCACACGCACGCCGUCGACAAGAAGCUGUUCAAGGACAUGUACGAGGCCAAGGACUUCACCAACUUUGUGCGUCACAAGGCCGACGGCUCCGGCGUGAAGUACGCGAGCCGCAUGCUGGACGUGAGGGGCUGCAUGUCCGACGAGGGCAAGGCCAUCGUCAAACUGGAGAUCUACGACAAGAUGGGCAGAUGAAUGUGUUUGUACAAAUGAUUCUGUCUGUCCAUCUGUCAGUCAAUAAAAAUAAUAAUUCAACGA